UGAUUUGAUCUCAAGUGAAAAUAGUGAAAACUACUACUGUGUGUAUAAAAUUAAAAAAGGUGUAUAAUGUGAUUUUAAAGUGGAAUAAAAAUAUUGCUUUUCUACAAUUUAUUGAGAUAAUUUUUAUAUAAUUUUAUAACAGUUUAUUUAUGGAAGAUAUGAACUACAGAUAUAAGUGAAAAUGGCGUUGAAAAAUUCUGUUUAUUUUUUAAGUUCCUGACCUGGCCCAAGUUGAUAUCCAUGUUUUAUUACAACAAAAAUAACACGCAUAUUUUUGUUUAAAUUUAGUUAUUUUCAAAGAGACCGCUUGUUUCCGAAAUGGUGUGUUUGGCUAAACACUGGUUUCAGUUAAUUUUACCUUAUUGGGUUUUCCUAAUUUUGCCAAAAGGUUUUCUGCUUGUAGAAACUACUAUAAUAACUAAUGCAUCAGCGAUGCAUUGUGAUUAUUAUAAUAGUACUUGUAAAGAUAAAGAUGGAUGUGUGGAUGAUGUAGAAAUUUGCCAUGUAGAUGAUCACAAAUACCAUUGUUUUGUAUUAUGGUCCUUAGGAGCAAAUGGAACUGUUAACGUUUCAAUGAAGGGUUGCUUUUUGAAUGGAAAUUGUGCUGAACAGACUAAAUGUGUAGAAACUUCACCUGUGCCAAAAAAUAAUCUACUUUUUUGUUGUUGUUAUGGGAAUAUGUGUAAUAAAGAAUUUUCAUGGGAUCCUAAACCCACAGAAGCAGCACCUCCAAGCACAGCUGCCCCUGUUCUUGAGGGAUCCGACUAUAAGAUGUACUACAGCAUUCUAAUCGGCAUUAUUUCUGUUUUAAUUAUUGCCUUAAUUGGGGUCUGUUAUUGGAAGAAGAAAAAUAAACACUAUUUCAAUGGGCUACCUACUUCUGAGCCGCAUCCUUUGCCACCUUCCACGCCAAUUAUGGACAAUAGACCAAUAACGUUGAUAGAAAUUAAAGCAAGAGGCCGUUUCGGGGCCGUCUGGAAGGCUCAGUUCAAGGGAGAAGACGUUGCGGUGAAGAUAUUUCCUAUUCAGGACAAACAAUCUUGGAUAACGGAACAAAACAUUUUUAAGUUGCCUCACAUGGCUCAUCCCAACAUUCUGCAAUACAUUGGUGUCGAGAAAAGAGGCGACAAUUUACAGGCGGCGUUUUGGCUGAUUACCGCAUACCAUGAACAAGGCUCGUUGUGCGAUUUUCUCAAGGCCCACACUCUUACCUGGAAUGAACUUUGUAGAGUUGCAGAAACAAUGUCCAAAGGGUUGAUGCGUCUACACGAAUCCAUUCCUGGAGAGCUUGGGAAGCCAGCAAUAGCGCAUAGAGAUUUUAAAAGCAAGAAUGUUCUUCUCAAAAGCGAUUUAUCGGCUUGCAUCGCAGAUUUCGGUUUGGCCAUUACGUUCGAGCCUGGAAAAUCGUGUGGUGAUACUCACGGACAAGUUGGAACACGAAGAUACAUGGCCCCCGAAGUAUUGGAAGGUGCAAUAAACUUUACUCAAGACGCUUUCUUACGAAUUGACAUGUACGCAUGCGGUCUGGUGUUGUGGGAACUCGUAGCGCGAUGUACCGCCCAAGAUGGACCGAUUCCUGAAUAUAGACUGCCUUUUGAAGAGGAAGUGGGACAGCAUCCUUCUUUAGAGGAUAUGCAAGAAUCUGUCGUACAACAAAAAGUUCGACCUUUGAUCCAGGAACACUGGAGGCAUCAUCCCGGUUUGGCGGUAAUCUGCGACACAAUUGAGGAAUGUUGGGAUCACGAUGCUGAAGCUAGGCUAUCUGCUUCUUGCGUCAUGGAAAGGAUAAUGUCUCAAUCCAAAUACCAGCAACAGAUGAUUGGAUGGAGAAUCGAGAACGAGACUCCUAUGAAUAUUCUGAAAGACAACAUGUAGGGACAAAAGUAGGAUUCGGAUUUUGAACGAACCGUACCUGCAUAACUAAAGUACCUGCGCAUGCAGCCUGUUACCACACUUGCCUAUUUUUACAUAGCCCAAGUUAAAUAGCAGAUUACUGUAUUGUGCAAAAGGGAACAUAGUCGAUACUUUUUAAAUACGUAUCAGUUGAUAUCAUAGAUCCUAUAAAAAAAAACCUGUGCAGUUUGAAAAUUUCUAUUGAAUUUUUAUAUGACACGGUACGGCACGGAAACCGCCGUGACGUAACGUACUGUACCGUGUCGUAUGGUAUUGCAUUUCUUUAUGAUAAAAAUAUGUUCAGGAGUUUGUUUUUCUCCACUCUUUUGACUGUGUUCCCUUUUAAAUUUUCUAUAUCGCUCUGAUGUGCCAAUAGACAAACGGAUUUCUUUUUAUACGAAGAUUUUUUAUACAGUUAAACUAAAACUACUCGUUAGUUAAUUAUUUGAGUUAGUAACUUGUGUGGUGACGUGUAAGAAUUUAUAACUUAUUGCGUGUAAACCAAUUUUGAUGUCCAACCUUAUCGGUCCUUUAUACCUUUUGUUAUGAGAUAUUUUUGUUAAAAUUUUGCGCAAAAAUGUUAGUAGAGAAGAAAUGACAGUUCAAAAGGAGUAAACUCCUUUCUCUCUAUGAAU